AUGGCAGGGUCAACUGUUGGAGGCACCGAUGAGAUCUCGAAGACUUCUUGGCAGCGAUGGCGGCCUUUACCGUACUUGCUGGUCAGCAUUCUGAAUGCCACAGCGGCAGUUUUGCUCUAUCCUGCAAGUGUAGAGCUCUCCGCUGCUGACGACGUUAACAGUGCCUCGUGCGAUGAUUUCACCCGGUUCUCCUUCUGCAUGCUCAUGUCGGCGAGUUUUUGGGCUGGUUGCGUGGCAGCCUCUCUUACGACCAAAGUGCAAGCUUCAGCUCACGCAAAGUCAGCUUGCGGCUGCGCCAUGGCUAUUUGGUUUCAUUCCAUGUUGGCAUCCAUGAGCAUGCGCAGUCCAAGUUGCAGGUACGGCCUCGCACCCGCACAUUGGUAUGAAACCUUUGCAGUGUGCAGAUUGGUGUCGAAAACCAUCGGUUUGCUCUGGAUUCAGAUGCUCAUUGCUUCACAGCUGAAUCUGCUGGAGCAGUCCUCAAACAGGCAAUACCGCGCACGGUGCUUCCACAAGUUUGUCAUGGUGCAAAUCGCCGCCUCUGCAUCGACUGCACUUCUGAUGCUUGUUGGCCGGAUUGUCCCUGGUCUUUGGCCGACUGCAAUGCUGUUGAUUGUGCUGAUAGCUGUCUUGGCCGCAUUGUGCAACCUGGCAGCAAGCAGGGUGGCCAUCGGCUCCCUAGCCAAGACCUUCUUCCAGUUGCAGCGCACGUUGCACGCUGCAGAGCUUAACGACACGCCGGUGCCUGUGAGGUCUUCCUUGAGACUGGCUCGAAGAUUUGCUGCUUUGCAAGUGAUGGGCGUGGCUUUCAGCUUCCUGCUCACGCUCUUACCAGUUAUCGGACUUGUCAUUUGUUGCUUGUUCUUCGAUCCUUUCGACUCACCAGGUUUUGAUGUUGAUGACUAUCAUGCGAUCCGGGCUAUAGCCAGCAUGGAUCCGUAUGUUAUUGUUUUCUGGCGAGAAUCAGGCCUGAAAGUGAGGGAGGGAGACACUGGAAAUCCGCUGGCUUGGUUCACUGUUUUCUUUCAGGCUUUUGUUGUGGUUGGGAACGCGGCGGUGGUGCUGCUCCUUUCUGGGGGCAACAGACUGCCCCAGGUAAACAAGCAACCGUGCCAAUGCUGCGGAUGGACGUGUUGCUGCGUACGCCUCCGACAGAGCAGAGCAGUGCCCGCAAAGGAACCCGACUGGAGUCCACUUUGGAAAGAGAAAGUCGAAGAGCUCGCGUUGCGGGGCAUAACUCUGCGCAGCGAUUUGCUCUUCUGUCAAAGAGAGCUUUUCUCCAUGCCAGGCUGGCAAUAUGUGCCCUGUGAACACAAAACUAGAGAUGUGGUCCGCAGGGCGAUCAUUCCUCUCACCAGCAAGGAGGAAUCUUCAUAUGCAGUGUCAAUGUUUAACAGGGAAGGUUCUCGAAGACCCCAGGUCAUGGUGACCCACAACUGGGGCAAUUGUUUCAAAGACUUGCUGGCAGCCGUAAUUUCCGAUGCACUGCAAGAGUGCAGCUUCAGCUUGGCAGCAAGGCUACUGGAGGACGACUUCGAUUUCCUUUGUCAGCUCCUGGCUAAGAGUGGUCGCUUAGGUGACACGUAUUGGAUUUGCGCAUUUGCGGUGAACCAGCAUGCUUGCAUCUGCCACAGCAACCCUUACGACCGGGACCCCAUUACAAAUGAGUUGCAUCCGGUCUGCAACUGCAGCAGCGUGAACAUUAUUGAUCCAGAUGGCAGAAGUACUUCAUCAGAGAUCAACAAGUUCGAUGACAUGAUGUACCACCUUGCAGGAGCCGGAGGCUGCAGGCAGGUAAUUGCGGUGGACGAGUCUCUUGAUUUGUUUCGUCGUGCUUGGUGUGUCGCUGAGAUUGCAGAAGCCAAGCGUCUGCAUAUGAACCAGGCGCUGAAACUUGCAUCCAGAGCGACCAUCAUGCAGCGCGCACGCACCUUAGAGAACUUAGAUGUUCGGAGCAUGUCUGCAUCUUCCGAAGCGGACAAAGAGCUCAUACUUAACAAGAUCCAUCAAAGCAGGAACAUUGAGCAGUUCAAUGCGGAGCUUCAAUCCCUCAUUUUUGAUCCGAAGGCCGGCCUGCUGGAGUCCUGGAACGCCAUGGACAGUUUGCAGCAAACUGGAGAAGUCGGCCGGUUAAUUCGAUGGGGACAGGCGGAUGCAGGCACCGGCAAGGUCUGGAAAGCAUGGGAAGCCCAUGGUUGA